ACCCUGCGACCUGGUCCCAGUUCACGGACGAUACAGUAGCCGGUCGGCCCAAAACCUGCAGCAGGCUGCAGUCCAGUUGGAUUUUCGUCGUUCGUCGUGGUCUAGCGGUCCGACAAGAUCCCCUUCGCCAGAGGUUGUCUGAACAGGCGGGCGGGCGUGCAUGUGACGUCUGACCGUUCGUUUUAGCACAUUCUUACAAACUCCUCCCGAAGGGAGUUCAGCAACGACCGAUAAUAGAGCUCAUGGAUAGGAUGCAACUCGAUCUCCACCGCCCAUGGUGGGCUCCGAUCCAAGGGCUGCGUUCGAGCUCGUGGGGGUAGACAGGUAUGCUGGUCUACGAAGAGCAUGCGUACUUUGAAUGCAAACGGCGAUUACCAAAGCUUAGUACCCGCUUAAACAGCCUUACCUGCUCGUAUCAGCGAGGAACUUAUGGUUUCCCGCCCGAUCAGGCGGGCGGGGAGGUUUGCAUAAAAGGGCGCAGAUGAAUGAAUGGAGCUCAUGAAACUUGCUCCUCGGUCUCCUCACGGACCUACUCCGAUCUGCUCUGCAACUGGAUCGGAUGCAGAGUGCAUAAAAAAGUUUGAGAUUGCAGCCGACUUCGUGCGGUCCUUUUCUGUAUUGAAGAGCAGAAGUGUUUCGUGCCCCCACCAUCCGCCUUGCAGUCACUCUGGCGUGGUGACGAUGUUGUGAUCGUUCGUUGGAAAGGAGUCGUGAUCCACAGCUGCCGUUCGUUCCUUGAGUUCUGCCUGAGGCUGGUCGGUCGGGAGUUCUUAAAGGCUUCCUACGACAGACGAAUUGCGUGAGCGCUCGUAGACUGCUAAAACACAGCGAUGAUGGGAUUGACCAAGCACGGAAGUGCUCAUUUAGGAGCGCUUUCCACCGUGCAUUCGACGUUGCCUUCUCGUCGUUCAGACUUGGACUCUGCUAGAGCGGUGCCGCCCGACAUGAACGGAUCGGCGGGGCUCGAUCCCAAGCGAGGGAAAAGCCCCGACGCCGUCGACGCUCUGCCCACUCACAUCAUCGAAAAGAUCGUAUCAUUGAUUCCCUUUCCAUCGCUGCUCACGGCUCGCGCGCUGUCGAGCUACUGGUUCUCGAGCUUCUCGUGGGAGCCGCCUCAUUAUUCAUCGCUCCAGGAGCAGGUCCGGUCCGUGUCCAGAAACUGGACGACCUUCUGCCCGACGUUUGUCACCAAGGAUCACGAACUCAUAGGCUUCGACAAAGUCCGGCAGCAGUGGACGAGCCUGCUUCCGCUCACAUACUUCCCGCUUCAGAGUAGCGUCUGUCAGUUCUCGGGUUACGGCAGCUCGCUGGAGGGCCCUCUGCUGUGCGCCAACGUCAAUGCCGGGAGCUGCUGCUCGCUUCUUGAAACGUACUUCAAAGUCGACCUGUUCAUCACGAACGUCAUCACGCGAGAAUGGAAGAUUUUGCCACCACGUCCGGUCAUGCAGCACCCCACCCACGUCCAGGUCCUGCCCUCUUCGACCGCAGGAGGCUACAAAGUCCUGACGCUCACGCAUCCCGUCUCGUCCGAAUUCGAAGAGGGCGGAUCAGACCUGAUCCAGAUCUACGACUCGGGCCGGGACGCCUGGGAGCUCGUCCCGACGGACGUCACCAGCUCAUACCUCGAGGAUCUGGGCGGCGUUUUUCUGAACGACAAGUAUUAUGUUCUGUACAGGAAUGAAGAAAUCGCCGGCCUCGGCCGGAACGUGGUCAUCGAGCACAUAACGGUGUAUGACGUCCACGGAGGGCUGUGCAGGAGGAUUGUUCUGGACUCUCUGCCUCUGAAUCCCGGCAACCUGGACUACGAGUUCGGGAUCGUCAAGGUGACGGGCUCGGUGAUGUUGGUGGUGGUGGCGAACUCGUUGAGUGUGGACGAAGAGCACUCGGCUUGCCCAAUGCAUCACCACAACUUCGGUGAGAUGGCCAUCCGGUGCGUCUCGGCCAACAGCAUCAUGGUGUUCGAGCUGAACCCGGAGACCGGAGAUUUCAAGCCGGUGGCCACCGGGCCUCCCUGUCUGGCGAAGAACGUCUCCGUCGAUCAGAUGAUCGGUCACGAGUCGCGCAUCUACUUCGCGGGAUGCGUCCCGCACUCCUCCGUGCUGUUCUACGACCUCCAACAAAACCAGUGGGGCUGCCUCCCGAAGCCGAUGGUCGGAGUCUGCUCGUCGCACAGCAUCGCCUACUGCUUUGCUUUCGAGCCUGGCCUGGAUCCGUUCGUUCGAGUGUGACGAGUGCACCGCUUCGAUCUGCCUCCAUCGACCCGCAUGGGCCGAAAUCUGCGAAUUCCUUCCUGCCUCUGGGAGUUGCCACGAAGUCUAGCUGCAUACUGUACUGGUAUUUUUAUCUGCCGUAUCAUUCUAUUCAUCCGUAUAUGAGAAUCAUCUACUCUACGUAUACACGGUUCACGUAUAUCUCCAGUUUCAUGAGUUUGAUCCCUCUUGAUUAAAUAAUGUACGCUUUUCUCGAGGUUUUUCCUUCAUCGUUUAUGAAUGAUCCGAAGAACUAUGUGUUGAAUUGAAAUUUGAUGUUAGACUCCUUCAGCGCAAGAGAAUUUAAAAUUGCUGGACUUAUCGGUGGAAUUUAAGACCUCCGGGAGAUCGAGAUUGGACAUUGGAGUCAAAUUGCACCAGUUCCAGAGAGUGAGGGAGAGAACUAUGUAUGAAGGCAUCAAAGGACGACCACAUAUGUAUUACAGUAUCCCAUGUUGUGACUGGU